AACGCUAACCUGGGCAUUCACCUGCAGCCGUCCACCUGCUGUCUAUGCAGUCUUGCGGACAGACGCACAUUGACAGAGGAAGGACUGCCAGUGAGAAAUGAGAUGAGGUUUUACCCCCUGCGAAUUGGAUGUUUGUUGGUGAUCGCGUGUUUUCUGUCACUUUCUUGGAUAACAUCAUUUCCGGAUGAUGGAGCAGAACUGCAGAUGCUGCACAAGAGACUGUUGGUGGCAGAAGAACUGGGAGGAAAGGUGAGCAAGGACCUCAGCAUCAUCCUGGAGCAGCUGGGGAACAUGACGCACGGUGCCAACGUCAGCCACCUCUGGAGCAACACGUCCAGCAGCAGCAGCACCAUGGCAACAGUGAAGCAUCUGAUGGAUGACCUGGGCAGGCAGCUGCUACCUCAGGCCAGCAUUCACUUCUACAUGCCCCACCUUAGGGAGCAUCCCGACAGCCUGGUGCCACAUGUGGUGCUGGGGAAAGGACGCAGCGGAGUGAGCAUGGUGCUGGGCAUUCCCACGGUGAAGCGUGAGAAGCAGAGCUACCUGGUCAGCACCCUCAGCUCCCUGCUGUCCGGCCUCACCUCCUCAGAAACGCAGGAGCUCCUCAUCAUCGUCUUUGUCGCUGAGACGGAUCUACAGUAUGUGGAGAGCAUCGCACGCAGCCUGGCUGAGAAUUUUCCAAAGGAGGUGCAGUCUGGUCUACUGGAGGUGGUCUCCCCGUCGCAGCAUUACUACCCCGACUUCAACACCCUCAAAGAGACGUUUGGAGACUCCAAGGACAGAGUCAAAUGGCGAACUAAGCAGAAUUUGGACUACAGCUUCCUCAUGCUGUAUGCUCAGGACAAAGGAACGUACUAUGUUCAGCUGGAAGAUGACGUUUUUGCAAAGAGUGGUUACUAUAGCGACAUGAAGGCAUUCGCCACCCUGGCGUCUUCUAACGAAUGGCUCUACCUGGAAUUCUCCCAGCUUGGCUUCAUAGGUAAGAUGUUUAAGACCAGAGACCUCCCGAUGAUAGCUGAGUUCUUCCUCAUGUUCCACAAAGACAAGCCCAUCGACUGGCUGCUGGAUCACAUUCUGUGGGUGAAGGUUUGCAACCCGGAGAAAGAUAACAAACACUGUGACCUUCAGAAGGCAAUGCUGAAGAGGAGAUGUAAGCCCUCGCUCUUCCAGCAUGUUGGUCUUCAUUCCUCUUUGCCUGGAAAACUACAACAACUGAAGGAUAAGGACUUUGGGAAGCAGGGUUUGUUUCAGGCUCACAGUAACCCAACUGCUGCAGUGAACAGCAGCAUGAAACACUACCAGCUGCACAGCCUGGAGCGGCUUUACAAAGGAAGUGACUUCAUGUGGGCUUUGACGCCGGUCCGGGGCGACUACAUCCUCUUCAGCUUCCCUCAGCCCAUCCGCAUAGCCGGGUAUGUGUUUCGUAGUGGAAACAGCCAGGCAGUGGAGGAUAAAUUCCACAACACCACAGUGGAAGUUCUCCCCGGCAAUACAAUGGCUGCAGAGAAGCUCCUGGCUGGCUCACCAAUUAAAUACAAGAGGUCUGACAGCAACUUUGUUAUUAUUGGUGAAUUUUACAACGGAGUGGCUGAAGGAGAAAUAGCUGAAGUUCUGCAGCCCAUCUCAGCUCUGCGCCUGGUGGUUCACUCUGACUCAGAGGUCUGGGCUCUGCUGAGCGAGAUUCACAUCAAGGUAUGAAGACAAGACGCGCCCUCUGCAGGACAAAGACUCGAACGACUGGGACAUUUUGAAGCAGCUCUGAAGCCUGAUGAGCAGAUCACCUGUUGGUGACCUGAGAGGAGCUUCAGACAGGAAUCUGACUCAUAUUGAGUUACCAUGUGGAAGAAGAAGCACUCCACACACUGAUGGGUUUACACCAACAUGACUUCUCACACAUACUUUUGCACUACGACAGAUUUUUAUUCUAUGAAAUAAACAUGUAUGAAAUAUCAAA